UUGCACAUACAUUUGUACUCAACAUCACUUACUUGCUCCUAUCGCCUUAGUCCUUACAUUACAAUGACAUUAGCAUGACCUUUUCCAACUCUAUUUCUCUAUUCAAACGCGUUCAUAUUCAGACAACCAUAACAUCACGAAACCGGCCGUAGGUAUCAAAUUCUCUAUAAAAUUAUAUUUCACUCUUUUUGAAUAAUCCAAAGUUUUCUCAACAAAUACAUUUUGCCUCUCUUCAUCAUUGACCAGAUCCCUUUUUUGUUUAUUCAUGUCACCCCUUAUAAAGUUCACAAGAAUUAUACUUAUCUAGUCUCAAUUUCAUUCAUCACCCCCAACUCCAACUCCUUUAUAUACUGUAUUUAUUACUCUUCACACCCCCAUUUUAUUACACAUAACAUGGAUCAAUUCCCAUACAUUCCCACUGGAAGAUCACCCAAACGAGAACUUCAAGGUCCUCGUCCUACACCUCUAAGAAUACACAAAGACUCUCAUAAAAUCAAGAAACCACCGUUGGCGCCACCGCAGUUACAACAGCAGCAACAAUAUCAACAACAACCGCGCCAACCGAUUAUAAUAUACACCGUCUCCCCUAAGGUAAUCCACACCACACCCGGCGACUUCAUGAACCUCGUUCAACGUCUCACAGGCUCCUCCUCCUCCUCAUCAUCAUUACCUUCCUCCUCUUUAUCAUCGUCAAACACAGAUCCUUUCAAUCCUUUUCACGGUGACGGAACAAUAUCACCCGCGGCGCGCUAUGCCACAGUAGAGAAAGCUAUGUCUCCGUUGGGAAGAAGACAACAACAGCAACUACAACAUCAACAACAACAUCAACUAGUACUACCAAUAACAACUAUUACUAGUAGUAAUGAUGUAAUAAGCGACAUGGAAGGGAUAGAGCAAGUACAGUUGAUGAAUCAUGGAGUUGAGAGAGGAAACACGAUGUUUCAAGGGAUUUUGUCUCCGGGACCGGCUUCACUAUCUCCGAUUCCUGCUAACUUUUUCUCGCCGCCAUCUUCGGAUCCAAACAUGUUUAGCAACUUACUUCAAGAUUUCAGUCCUGCACUUCUUAGUAGUAGAAAUUUUAUGGAGCCUGGUGCUAAUUUCUUUUUACCUAGUCCUUCUAAUUUUGUUUCACCUCAAACUCCUUCUAUUGAUUUAUUUAACUACUUCUUAGACUAAUAAAUGGUUACCAUUUAUUUCUAGUUCAAUUUCCAUUUCAUAUACAAAGAUUUUGAGAUAGGGCACAGGUUGAGUUAUUUUCUUGCUAGCUGGAAUUUGGAAAUAACUUAAUUGGAUUUAUUUUUGGUCUUCAAAUUGUUUAUGAGCUUCCACCGUUGACAUGAUUAUUUGUCAUGUACUGUCCAUUUGCAAUAUUGCAUUUAAUUUGUUAGUUGAAGCUUGAAACAUUGGCAAUUUAUAUUCAAUUCAAAUUUUUAAUUA